AUGUCUACUAAUUCAUUCAGUCGUAUUUUGAGCUAUACCAGUGCCAUCGUUGCAUUAUCCGCCACCGGCUAUGCUUUAUAUUUCGAUCACAAGAGAAGAUCAAGCCCAGAAUUUAGAAGACAAAUUAAAUUGCAAAACAAAAAAUAUAAAGAAUUACUGGAAGAAGAACAAGAAAAUGCUAAGCAAGAGAAGUUAGAAAACGUAGGUAGGAUUUUAACUAGUGAGCUAGUUAAAGAUCCUUUACCAACUGACCCAGCUCAAAGGGAAAUGGCCUUUGCUGCUAAUGUGGAAUUGGGUGAAAAAUUGGCUAUCCAGCCAGGUAAAGAAUUAGAAGCUGCUUGCAAAUUCUACAAGGCUUUAACCGUUUAUCCAAAUCCGGCUGAUCUAUUAGGUAUAUAUCAAAAGACUGUUUCUGAUGAGAUCUAUGAAUAUAUUGUCAUGAUGAUUGCUAUAUUGCCACCUUCUUCUCUAUCUCCUUUCUUAGGUGGCCCAGCCUCUGAUGCAGCUAGGAUUAAUGAAAUUGUAGAAUAA